AUGUUAUCCAUUGUACUGUUUUUAGAUACAAUGAUAUUUGGCCGAUGUGGUCGCGGUAACCGCAAAUUAAUUCUCUCGUUUUUUUUUCGACGCAAGUAUACAUGCCUGUUACGUGUCAGUCAACCGAUAGUCCAUACUGAUUCGAUUAACUUCAACUGGCGCCAAGCUAUCGAACAACGCAGGACUGUUGCUCAUCAUCUGCUUUGUCACGACUUAAUACCACUGAUGGAGCGAUGUCCUUCAGCAAGAUGGAAGGAAUGGCGAUAA